GCUUUGUUCCUUUAUAUCUUUCCCAACUACUGAAUGCUUUUGAUCGCAGUUAGAGCCUCUCCGUGUUGGGACCUUCAGAAUGGACACUGAACCUACAGCUAUCGCAGAACGGUGGUUUCGGUCGUUUUCAGAAGCUAUACAUUCGCAAGAUGCAGACGCUGUCUCUUCUAGCCUUUUCGCGGAUGGGUAUUGGCGCGAUCUUCUGACUCUGUCAUGGGAUAUUCGCACCUUGCAUUUUGCUCCGAUUAUCAAGACGUUCUUGGAAACCGACGGUCAUCUCAAAAGUUCGGGACUGUGUGAGUUGAAACUUGAGGGCGUACCGACUCUCGUUGAGGCCAUGCCUGGAUUUACCUGGAUACAAUGUUUGUUUACAUUCGAAACGAACAUCGCCCGUGGACGAGGAUUCUUUCGGUUAAUGCAGGAUAGCAAUGAUAGUUCUUGGAAGGCUAAAGCGCUUUACACUGGAAUUGAAGAGCUAAAGGAACACGAGGAAAAGCAGAGAAAGGCACGACCUGUCAGUGUAAACUACGUCCCCCACACGGACCAGAUUGGAGGGAAGCUCGAUAUUAUCGACAAAGAGCCGGUAGUCCUGAUAGUCGGAGCUGGGCAAUGCGGCCUCUCUCUUGGCGCACGACUGAAGCAACUCAAAAUUAGCACAAUUCUCAUCGACAAGAAUGACAGAGUCGGCGACAAUUGGCGAAAGCGGUACAAGUCUCUUGUAUUACAUGAUCCCGUUUGGUUCGACCACCUUCCUUAUGUCCCUUUUCCCGACCAUUGGCCCAUAUUCUCACCCAAAGAUAAGCUCGCGGACUGGUUUGAAGCAUAUGCUAUCAUCAUGAAUUUGAACAUCUGGAUGCGAAGCUCAAUCAAAUCCGCCGUAUACGAUGAGGUCUCUCACACCUGGACGGUGGCAAUAUCCCGCGCUGGACAUCCCGACCAAGUGAUCAAACCGAAAUUCGUCGUCCUUGCUACGGGAGCGAGUGGAGAACCAAAUAUCCCUGUGUUCAAAGACCAAAGCUUAUUCAAAGGACCCGUCUGUCAUUCUAGCCAGUAUAAGUCUGGCGAAAGAUUCAAAGACAAGAAAGCUAUCGUCGUCGGGUGUUGCAAUAGCGGCCAUGACAUUGCUCAGGACUUACAUGAACAUGGUGCAGACGUCACGAUCGUACAAAGGUCCAGCACCUAUGUUAUAUCCUCUACUGGUGUCGGAUGCUUACUUGGCGCUUUGUAUGGAGAAGAAGGUCCGCCGACAGAGGAUGCCGACAUCAUGAACUUUUCGCUUCCUGUUCUCAUGUAUAGCGAUUUGCAUAAAUAUGCGACUGAACAAAUGUCUGAACUUGACCGCGAUAUAUUAGAAGGAUUGCGGAAGGUGGGGUUCAAGCUUAAUACUGGUAUAAACGGGGCAGGGUUGAUGAUGACAUACUUCAUCAAGGGAGGAGGGUACUACAUUGACGUUGGCGCAUCGAAACUCAUCGCUGAGAAGAAGAUCAAGAUCAAACAGGGCCAUGAAAUUAGCUAUUUCACUGAGAACUCUCUUGUCUUCGAUGAUGACACAGAGAUCGAGGCGGAUAUCGUGGUCCUGGCCACCGGAUACCAGAAUAUGAGGACUACGGCAAUAAGAAUCCUCGGACCUGAAGCAGAACGCAUCAGCGAAGUGUGGGGCCUUGAUUCAGAAGGAGAACUUAACGGUAUUGCCAGGACUACUGGACAUCCUGGUAUAUACACACUGGGAGGAAACCUUGCUCAUGCAAGAUUCUGGAGUAAGCGGCUCGCACUGAGAAUCAAAGCACAGGUGGAAGGGCUUGUCCCAUGGUGAGGGUAUGUUCAAUCAAUACAAGCCUGAGGCGAAGAGUCACUGUACUAUUUCAUU